CACACACAGCGCUGCAAGUAGUCCGCAGUCGCAGUUCGUUGCUGUAGUUUUUAGCUGCUGCUCAACUUGAAAGAGUGUUCACUGAAGUACACGAGGCAGAGUUUUUCUAUGGUUUUUCGAGUGAUAUUGGGUACUGACAGAGUUGGACUGGCGACACCCUUUCCUUACUCUAGACGAAAGACCAAGUGCGCCUGGUGCAGUUCUGCGUGCGACACAGAUACUGAGAGAUGUCGUUCUUUGUCUUCUUGUGCGCUAGUAGUUGUUUUGUUCCUGCGCUGUGCCUGUGGCCGCAUCGGAUUUCACAAAUAUGCUUUUUCUUGGGCCUUCACAAUUAUCCUGUGAGUCGUGUACUUAGCUCGAUUAACAAACCCGUUUCACGAUUAUUUCUCCACUGCGUAUACAGAACCGCGCCGCACCAAUCUCCUCAGAGCCUACAAAAUGUUUCGUUGUUGCCGUCCCUCUGUGACCCAGAACGUGGUCACCCCGGUGGCACUGAACAAGGCCGGAGCUGCUACGUCAGCAAAAGAAGGUAGUUAUGUCUAGUUUUCAUUUCUUGCACAACUUGGGUGCCGCGCCGCGCGUACUAUUCUUGUUUUCUUCCACGACGUGGUGAGAUUCUAUAUUUAUACGAAGCAGGAGCAUAGCGCUGCUAUCGGCACCUGAAAGGAGAAUCGAAUGAAAAAAAUCGAAAUCACAUCUUCAUGUAUAAAUAAUCCAGGCUGCAAGAACUCCGGAGCGCAGACAACGUCGAGAAGAAAUAACCAGCAGAAAACUAGCGGGCAACCAGAUAGAGACGAGGAGCUGCCAACCGCACUUCUAGCCGGUGAUGGUGGAGCAUCAACAGAAAUAGAAGAUGCCACGAAAAAUAAAACCGAGGGCACUUCAGCAAGAGAACAACAAGCCGACGAGGUGACAACGAGCGAGAAGGCCUCGGAGAAGAAGAAAAAUAUCAAAUGCAAAUAUGUCUGGGUCUGGAAACUUGUGAUGCUUGGUGGCGUAUCGUGAGGAGGCCACAAGUGCUGGAUCAGCAUGACAAGUUUCUGAGCUUCUAGGUGUUGCCUAUUCUGCGUGACAAACUGCUUUUCUGCAUGACAGAAAAAUGGGGCUCUUGGGUGACGUGCAUGACAAAAUUAAGGGUCAUGCCAGACAAGCAUGACAAACAUUCAUUCUUCCAGACCCAGACAUUUUAGCAUUUGAUAAAAAACACGCAGAAGCAAGUGUCUUUCAGCGAAGACGAGGUCGUGGUCACCGCGUCUGGUACUAGUGCUUUAAUAUGCAAUCCAGAAGUAUACAUAGAUUCUCGUAUUAAUGAAUUGGUUGAAUAUUUAUAGCAACAUGUGCAUGACACCAAUGCCAUUACUUUUACUCAAACUUCUUGCGUCAGCAGCACUACAAAUUUCAUUGCUCUUUUUGAAAACUUUCCUGCAGUGAACAUUGCAGCCAGUUGCAAACUGUCGGAUGAGUGGAACUCGCAGAACCCGGGGCUAGAAGUGCCAGCCUGGCUCAAGUAUGGAUUGGAAACGACGGAAAAGGAGUCCUCGGGUUUCGGAUCGGAUUCGGAGUAAGUAGUUGUAAGUACUACCUUCAUGAUGGUAGAAAAAUCAUAUGGAAAAAGAACUUGUAUACAUACGGCCACUUUCAUCUAGUAUGAAGCGAGCCUUCUUCGCUGCAAAAGCAUGAUUAACGCACUUACCAGAGCUGAGCGCAAAUGCAAAAGCAAAGUGCAAAAAAUUUUGGAAAAAUUCAGCUUCCGCUGUGGGUGUUGUAAUCGAUAUGAUCGGUUGUAGAAGUUCUUUAAUAGCCCCUUGUACAAUGUUGAACUUGAAUCAUGGAGACAGGCACGAAAGUAUUCCCGAAACAAGUGUAUCCUAGUUUGAAGAGUCAUGAUUAACAACUCUUGGACGGUACAUCUAAGCACAUGUUGUGAGUGAUCAGUUGUUUAGAUAGACCACUUUGACAGCCGGCUGCUGCUUAGCGGCGAGGAGCCAGCGCCUCCUGCAGAUCGCACUCAUGUUGCGCUUGGAGAGGAAUCUUUGUUCUCGUCGUGGCCAGGCAUUCAGGUUUCACCUCUUCCGCUUGAUGCCUGAUGUUGCUUGCAAGUGCAU